AUGGCGUCUUCUGAUAAUUUGAUGACAAUGGAGCAAUGGGGUUUUCGUUCUGCUUUUAACGAUUCAUGGUUUACCGAUAUCUUCGCUAAAGAAACUGAAACCUUAACGAAAGUCUUGCAGAAAUCAUAUACCGGCGAAGGGAAUGAGGUUGUUAUGCCUAUUGUCGAAAUGGGUUCCCCGUUUUUAACUCCGAGUGCAUCUGGGCCGACGUUUUCCGGUGGGUCGGAGAACGACGCUGCUUCAACCGGAGCUUCUGGUUCGAUGAAGCGGCGGAAUGGUGGUGGUGGAAUGAGCAAAAAGAUCGUGAAGCGUAAGCCACGCGCUUCGAAGCGCGCGUCGACUACGUACAUAACGGCGGACGUUGAUAGUUUCCGGCAGAUGGUGCAGCAGGUGACCGGAGCUAGAAUCUCCGGGAACGGGAACGGACAGUUGUCGGUUUCUUCUAUUUUGAAGCCAGAGCCGAGGCGACCGGUUGACCGGGUACAGCCGGUGAGCUGUUUGCCUACUUUGGACACGUCAGCUUUUCUACUGGACCCCACUUCAUCGUUCAUGCAUCCACCACCGGCGAUGGCCGGGAGUGUCGCCGUACGUCAGCCGUCUGCGGUGGUGGUUGACGGUGGCUAUGGUUUUGACUCUUUUUGUGGCUUUCCUACCCUUGAAUCAGGAAUGUAA